CAUGCAACCAUCCCCACUGGCGUUGGCGUAGGAGACCACCACAGGAUCCCACCCGUUCGCUGAGCACAUGGAUCAUGUUCAAUAGAGUUACUCACAAGUCUAAACGCCGCCCUCUGCCUGGCCCUAUUCUCUGUGUCUGAAAAAACCUCGCAAAUCAUCAUGCCCCCCCACGCCACCGAACGGCGAGAAUCCGGGAACGCGGUGUCACACGAGGGGAACGCCGUAGCCUCGAGAUCAGGGGUAUGCUUCAAUGUUAGGUUAUCCGGUGGCGUGUGCUGAUUAUCAGGCCCGCAUGCACACAAUUGUUAUUAUCAGAUCAGAUGGCAAUCUAGAACAUAGAGGCACCCUCCCGCUCUCCCAACCUGCAAACCGCAAUCACCUCUCUACCCUAGUGGACAAGACCCAUCACCUUCACCAUGGCUGUCAAUGUAUUUGCAGUGCCAGUCUUUCUCGUUGUCUUCCGGGAGUCUCUCGAGGCCGUCAUCAUUGUGUCCGUGCUGCUUGCUUUUUUGAAGCAGACUCUCGAUGGCCCCAAUGGCGAUAUCAAGAUGUACAAGCGCCUGAGGCGCCAGAUUUGGCUUGGAACAGGAAUUGGCUUCUUCAUCUGCAUGAUCAUCAGUGCUGCCCUCAUUGGCGUCUUCUACACCGUUGGCACCAACUCAUGGGACAAGAACGAGUACUAUUAUGAAGGCGCGUUCUGCCUGUUUGCUGCGCUCAUCAUCACCGUCAUGGGCGCUGCGCUCCUUCGUAUCGGAAAGAUGCAGGUCAAGUGGCGAGUGAAGCUUGCCAAGUCCCUUGCACAGCCGAUCAAGAUGGGCUCUCGCGGCUGGCUCAAGGAGUGGACGGAGCGCAACGCCAUGUUCAUUCUGCCCUUCAUCACUGUUCUCCGCGAGGGAAUUGAGGCCGUCGUCUUCGUUUCCGGCGUCACUUUCACCUCUUCUGCCAAGUCCAUCCCCCUCCCUACGGUUGUCGGCUUGAUUGCCGGUGGCCUUGUCGGCUAUCUCCUUUACAAAGGUGGAUCGACUGCGCGCAUCCAGCUCUUCCUGGUCGCGUCCACGUGUCUGCUGUAUCUCGUCGCCGCUGGUCUGUUCUCCCGUGGCGUGUGGGACUUUGAGCAGCAGAAGUGGAAUGAGUUUAUUGGUGGUGAAGCCUCCGAGUUUGGCGCCGGAGCUGGCUCGUAUGACAUUGACCAGAGCGUUUGGCACGUCAACUGCUGCGCGCCCAACAUUGUCAACAACGGUGGAUGGAACAUCUUCACUGCGAUCUUGGGCUGGACCAACUCGGCCACGUAUGGCUCCGUCAUCUCUUACAACCUCUACUGGAUCUUCGUCGCCGCCGGGUUUAUGGUGAUGCGCUUCAAGGAGGUCAAUGGCCGGUACCCCAUGAUGAAGGCCAAGCCUGCUGCCCCUGCAACGGAGCCUACUGCCGAUAACAGCAGCGACAGCCAGGCGGGCAGCCCUGUUGACAAGGGCGUCACGUCCGAGAAGACGACGGCAGUUUAG